AUGACUUUAGAGGUCGAUCAAUUCCUACACGAUAAAAAAUGGCGCUUUAGCAAAGUAUUGUGCAAGGCAUGGACGACCGCUUACCUGUUCACCGUUCCAGUCUCGAUUUUAACAACUUGUCUCUCGAGCAUAGACCGAUGGUAUGCCAUCUCUCGACCACUACAAUACAGAACGAAUAGGAACGGUCUUAAACACAAAGCUUUGGUGGCUAUCAUACUGAUAUGGAUUUACAGCAUACUGUUCGCCUCGAUUCCGGAAAUGGGAUGGAACCCACCAGGUGACAGCCAUGGCGUGCCGGAGAAUAGCGAAUUUUGUUAUUUCGAUAUAUACUUAACGUACUCAAUCCUUAGUUCGGUGUUACACUUCAUUCUACCAUCCAUUGUGACCGCCUUCUUCUACUACAACAUGUUCAAAGCGAUGAAGACCCACAACAUGUAUCGGCGCAGAAUGUCCAGCGGUUCCGACUACUCGCAUGCGCACUCGCGGAGUCCCUCUCACAGGAACCACCGCAAAGAACAGCGUAUAAACUUCAGGCAUAACGUAAGCUUGGCUAAAAGCUACGCCCUGAUUGGCUCGUUGCUCAUUCUCACGUGGUGUCCGCACUCAAUUAUCAGCGUUAUGCAGAACUCGUGUGAUUUACGAAAUUCAAAAAGCUAUGGAUGUGGCGUUAUCUUAGGUAUAAGCGAACACACAACAAAUUUCUUGCUUCUUUUAGGAUAUUUCAACUCAGCUUUAAAUCCAAUCGUAUAUGUGCUGAGGUUUCGACAGUUCAGAUUGACGCUGAGAGAUUGGCUCUCCUGUCAUAAGCAUUAAAACAGUCUGAAAUACUAUAACGACUAUAGAAGCAGGGUAAAGUAGCCCCUGUAAGCCAUUUCUGGUUGUUAAAAUAGAAUUAGCCUUUUUCAUGAUGACGAAUAUGCGCCAUUUUUUUGGUACGAUUUUCGAUUUUCCAUGAAUGAACUAUUUUACAGAAUAAAUUUACCCUGACAGUUAUAAUAUUUGCUCUCUGAAAGUGGUACGCCGUCCAAAAAAUGGAGGCCAAAUAUUCGUGAUCUCGAGAGAGACAAAUUGGUGACACAGACAUUGUUGGGUGCGAUUUUGAAUAAUUUAAAUCGAUGCUGCGAGAAUGUGGCACUUGCAGGACUGAAGCAUUGGCAUUUUGCAGUCAGGUUGAUCACCGUACCAUAUAGUAAAUUCGUCCUUUAAGAAUUGAUUCACACACAUUCGUAUUUAUAUAAACAAUAACCGCACAAGCAUUUCUGUCGCAUCUCCUCUGCAUGCGAACAAUGCUUGGUUUCCAUUUAGUCUCGUGAAGUGUCGUGAACAUGUCAAGGUGGCUAAUGUAAUAGAAUUUUUCUAAGUGUGUGCAGUCAACAAUGAAGGAUUUGAAUACAGGAAUAAAGACAAAUUUACAACCGGACUAUUUCUCAUCGGUGAAAAUGACUUGUUCACGACGAUUAAGAUUUAAAGGCAACCAGGCGUAAGGUCGUUUAAUGCCUGCAAAACAAUCUGGUGACAAUGUAUCAAGUACUAUAAAGGGAUAAUGGCAGUCGCAAGCCGAGUGUAGAUAUUGAUAAAAAUCAGUAGCGUAUUAUAUAUAGUGAAUGUUACGUUUGAGUAAAAUAUUCUUUUAGAAUCGAUGUAAUUGAUUGAA